CGGGAAAGCGAAAGCGCGGCGGGCGGAAGCCGAGCCUUCCCCGCCGGGCCGGGACCGCACCGGGGCCACCAUGGCUUCCAUCGGCAACUUCUUCCGACGGAGCCUGAGGCGCUCGGUCCGCAGAGAAGGAAAAGAGGAGGAUGGAAAGAAGGAAAACAACCCCUCACGGGUGCCGCAGGGGAAAGCAGGAGAGCGGAGCUCGGUCCUCUAUUCCGCUGGACAGUUUUUCUUUGAGUACCUGGUGGUGGUGUCGCUGAAGCCGGUGACAGAUGGACGUUAUGAACCCAAGAUAAGCUACCAGUUCCCAAAGGUAUUUAAUCCCGCGUUUCUGGGAAGAUGA